ACAGAAAGUCAACCAGGAAGCCGAGGCUGCUAACCUGACCCACCGCCCCGGUUUGACGGCUAAACGGCGGUAUUAACGUUAGGAACCACAUAGUAUAUCAGUACAGGAUUUUUUUUAUUUGGUGUUUAAGUUGAUACAAAGCGGCGACAUGGCUUCCCUUUUCAAGAAGAAGACUGUCGAUGACAUAAUCAAGGAACAGUCAAAGGAGCUGCGUGGCACCCAGAGACAGAUCACCAGGGACAGAGCGGCACUGGAGAAACAAGAGAAACAAAUGGAGGCAGAGAUCAAGAAAAUGGCUAAGAGUGGUAACCGGGAGGCGUGUAAGAUCCUCGCCAAGCAGUUGGUCCAGCUGCGGAAGCAGAAGAACCGCACGUACGCCGUCAGCUCCAAGGUCACCUCCAUGUCUACGCAGACGAAGGUCAUGAACUCCCAAAUGAAGAUGGCCGGCGCCAUGUCCUCCACAGCCAAGACGAUGCAAGCAGUGAACAAAAAGAUGGAUCCACAGAAGACCCUAAAGACCAUGCAAGACUUCCAGAAGGAGAACAUGAAGAUGGGCAUGACCGAGGAAAUGAUAAACGACACUUUGGAUGAGAUCUUUGAUGAGUCUGGAGAUGAAGAGGAAUCUCAGGACAUUGUCAACCAGGUUCUGGAUGAGAUCGGCAUUGAGAUCUCAGGAAAGAUGGUGAGAGCUCCAGCUGCAGGAAAGAGUGUCCCCGGCGCUGCUUCCUCUAAACAAGCCACCAUCUCUGACGACGAGAUCGAGAGACAGCUCCGAGCCCUGGGAGUGGACUAAUUGUCUUCCUUUGUAUUAAUGUUCUCAUUAUGAACCAGUGCAACAUUAAUACUGGGACUCUGUUAGACACUGGUUUGAUCAUGGUUGAAGUGCUUCAGGUGUAACAAUGGGUACACACACACACACACACACACACACACACACAUAUAUUUAUAUAAACAUUCAAAGGCAUGCAGACGGACAGAUUUAAUGUACAUCACAUAUAUAUUCAGACAUUCUGUGGCAGGUCGCCUUACAGAUCAUGAGGGC